AUCGCUUAGAUGUUUUGGCGGCUAAACCGCGCCAUGUGCUUUAUUUGAAAGGGUGAUAGGAGAAUUUCGAAAACAUUUUAACUUAUACUCUUCAAUUCAUUUUCGCGAUGAUUGUUUGCCAUUAAUCAUGUAGUUAUCGGAUCUGUAAAAGGAUUUUAAGGAUUGAAAUCUGAAGUUGUAGCAUAGAAAAAAAGGGACGUAAUUCUGUUUAUCAUGGAUGUAUCUACGUGUACCUUCUCCUCUAGAAACUGUGAGCGAAUAUACCCUGUGUCUUCUACUUUGAACUUGCCAGAAAACAGCCUUGACCAACAUCGUGAAGUAUCGAUAUUAGAAUUUUGGAACUAUGAACUCCCGACAACUGAUUGCUUGUAUGCCGAAUACUUAAAGAAACCUUUUAGUUCACGUCAAAAAUUUAUCUUUAAUUCUACUUCUCUAAAUGGGGACUCCAAGAUCAGUUUGCAGCAAGUUACUAACAACCAACUCAACAGAGUUGCAGCUGCAGCAAAUAACUCGAUCAAUGGCCUGAAUCAAUUAUGUGCUAUCUGUGGAGAUCGAGCCACUGGCAAACAUUACGGGGCUUCCAGCUGCGAUGGCUGCAAAGGUUUUUUCCGAAGAAGUGUUCGGAAGAAUCACGUGUAUACGUGCCGUUUCACAAGGAGCUGCGUAAUGGACAAAGACAAAAGAAACCAAUGUCGGUACUGCAGAUUAAAGAAAUGUUUUAGAGCGGGAAUGAAAAAAGAAGCUGUACAAAAUGAAAGAGACAGAAUCAGCUGUCGGCGGCCAAGCUACGAUGAAGCCACAAAUAAUUCUGGCAUAAGUUUAACAGCACUUCUUAAUGCAGAAAUGUAUUCUAGACAGAUGACUCCAUCAGGAGACGGAGACAUUUCGUCGAAGAAAGUAGCAAAUAUCUCGGAUGUGUGCGAGUCGAUGAAACAACAACUGCUAAUACUUGUUGAUUGGGCAAAGUACAUUCCUCAGUUUUGUGACCUACCUCUGGAUGAUCAGGUAGCUCUGUUACGUGCUCAUGCCGGAGAGCAUUUACUAUUAGGUCUGGCAAGACGUUCUAUGCAUCUCAAAGACACUCUUCUAUUAGGUAACGAUUUUGUAAUUCCCCGACAAUCUCAAGAAAUAGAAAUCAGUCGCAUCGGAUGCCGGAUAAUGGACGAACUGACCACUACUCUUCGGGAAGCUCACGUCGACGACACAGAGUUUGCCUGCCUUAAAGCUAUUGUGUUUUUCGAUCCAUAUGCCAAAGGAUUAGGCGACUCGGCUCGAAUCAAGGCUCUUCGAGAUCAGAUUCAGACCAGUCUCGAAGAUUACAUUAACGAUCGCCAAUAUGAAUCUCGAGGCAGAUUUGGUGAUAUUUUACUGCUAUUACCAGCCCUUCAAAGUAUCACAUGGCAGAUGAUAGAGCAGAUCCAGUUCGCGAAACUGUUCGGAAUGGCGAAGAUAGACAAUCUUUUACAAGAAAUGCUACUUGGAGGUGCAUCUGCCGAAUCUUCCGCCUCGAAUAAUUCAACAAGCUCCAACGAAACUGCCAGCGAUACCGCAUCCAUACAGCAUGCCGUUGUCCAGGCUCCAGCAGACCCUCUGACCAACGGUCAUUUAUCGGACCACAUCGGAAACGGUCAUCCCGAAACCCCCAUUCCAUCUCCAACAGAAGCUUUUGUAAAAAUUCCGUCCAUAGUUAAUCAAGGUUUUAAAACGGAACCUGAAAGUUACUAGCAGCAUAAUUAUUUUUAAUCACAGAUAAUACUCAACUAUUUUCUCUUUUUAAAUCAUAAGUGAGUCUUUCAUUCCAGGAGAUUAUACUUCAAGUGCUGUUAUGUGAGUGAUAUUUUAUCCACCUGAAAAGUAAAGCUCCGUGCCAUACAUAAUCACCUUGAUUCUUAAAGCUAUUUGAUUUUUGGAAGGAAAGUGUUUUAUUGUAAAAGAUCAGUUGUUUAUGUAAUCAUGGAAAUAAAGACCUUUUCAUUUUCUUUA